AUGCGCCUCAACACCCCCGACAGCUUGCUGUACCCCAUCACAGUCACCAAGCUGCUGCGCCAGCCCGGCGACGAUAUCGAGCAGGAUGCACCGCUGUUUACCUACGAGUACAAGAGCUCGGUGACGGAGUACGAUGAGGACACAAGAGAAGAUGUGGAGAGGAUACGGAGCUUCUAUGCCGACUUUGAGAGCGAGUUGGAGGGUAGCAUUACCAGUCUGAAUGUUCAGAAGGGGCAGGUGCUCAACCGACGCACGUUUGUUGCCGAGAUCGAGGAGGCCUGCAAGCAUGAGAUCCAGUUUGGUGGGCUCUGCACCAACUGCGGCAAGGACAUGACCACGAUGCAGUACAACUCGACGUCAAAGAACACCGAUCGCGCAACCGUCAACACCGUGCACGGGCAUACGCAGUUGUUGGUGUCCCAAGCCGAAGCCAGUAAAGCUGACGAGGAGGGCAAACGGAGGCUGCUGGACACCAAGAAGCUGAGCCUGGUGGUGGAUCUCGACCAGACCAUCAUCCACGCCACGGUCGAGCCGACGGUGGGAGAAUGGCAGAAUGAUCCAUCGAAUCCCAACUACGAUGCUGUGAAAGAUGUGCGCAAGUUCCAGCUGAUUGACGACGGGCCAGUAGCUAAGGGCUGCUGGUACUACAUCAAGCUUCGGCCAGGACUUCAGCGCUUUCUUGAGCUGAUAUCGGGAUGCUACGAGUUGCACAUCUACACCAUGGGCACGCGCGCUUACGCGGACAACAUUGUCAAGAUCAUCGAUCCGGACAGGAAGUUCUUCGGCCAGCGCAUAUUGUCCAGAGAUGAGAGUGGCAGCAUGACAGCCAAGAACCUCAAACGUCUGUUUCCUGUCGAUACGAAGAUGGUUGUCAUUAUUGACGAUCGAGGCGAUGUGUGGCAGUGGAGCCCGAAUCUGGUCAAAGUCAGCCCGUACGACUUCUUCGUUGGCAUCGGCGACAUCAACAGCAGCUUCUUGCCUAAGAGACCGGAGCUGGAAGCCAAACCGCCCAAGCUUGCCAGCGCCGAUCCAACGCCUGCAGACGGCUCCAAGCCUACUCCACAAGAAGCAGCUCCCAAAGCGGCAGGAGAUGCGCCUGCAUCCACUGCGACGAAUGGAGACCUGUCCGCUGUUGAUCGCCUGGUCACAAUGGCCGGGAAGCAGGAUGAAGGCAGCAUGAAAGAGAAGAUUGAAGAGCAGGACGAGCAGAUCACAGAACAGCUUGAGAACCGACCGCUCUUGCAGAAGCAGAAGUUCCUGGAUGCGGCGGAAGAAGAGGCCAAGGCUUCACCGGCUGUGGAAGCCGCGGUAGAGUUGCUGGCAGAAGACGGUCAGGAGAAGGAUCAAGAACUACCACACCACAAGUACAGACAGAACUUGCUCCAGGACGAUGAUACGGAGCUUGAGUACCUAGCACAAAGCCUGGGCAACAUCCACCAAGCGUACUUUGACGAAUACCAGCGAGCAAAGUCCGGCGCAAAGGGUGGUCGAAUUGCAGAGCUCCGCCCCGGACACGGCAAGAAGCGCUCCGUCGACGAGUUCGAGCACAUCCCCGACGCCGCUGUCAUCAUGGCCAGCAUGAAAGCGAGAGUACUUCAAGGCGUCAACCUCGUCUUCUCCGGCGUCGUCCCGCUCGGCGUCGACAUUCACUCCCACGACAUCGCCAUCUGGGCCAAAUCGUUCGGCGCUUCGGUCAGCGAGAACAUCAGCAAGCGCACCACGCACGUCAUCGCUUCGCCCGACCGUCGGACGGCGAAGGUGCGGCAGGCGGCGAAGAAGGGUGGACGGAUUGCUAUUGUGACGCAAGGGUGGCUGUUUGCCUGCUUCACGCAGUGGCGGAAGGUUUCUGAACACCCCUUCCGUAUCCACUCGGACGCACCGCUCAACGGCACCGCCGGGCUUCCGGACAGUUUCGAGGGUCGGGAUGAAGGACAGCUGUCUUCCUCAGACGAAGAGGCCGCGUUGACAGAGGACGAGCGGGAGACGCGGUCUAACACCCCCCACUCCAACGGCCGUCUGAGACUGGACACGGAAGCGGAAGAGCUGGAGAAGUUCGCCCCGAGCAUGGAGCGCGCGGAUAGUAGUCCCACGGAGCAGGAAUCCCCGGAUUACUGGGAGGAUAUCAAAGACGAGUUGAACGAUUUCCUCGGCUCGGAUGCGGAGGAUGAUAGCGACUCGGAGAGUGCGAAGAGCGAGGGGUUGAAGACGCCACCUAGUGCGCGGAAGCGGAAGAGAGGGGAGGUUGGUGGCGAGGGGGAAGAGGAGGAGGAGGUGGAGGGGAGUAAGUUGCAGAAGCGGAAGAAGGAGGCGCUGGGGCGGAAUAGCAGUUUGACGCAGAUGGUUGUGCCGGCGGAAGGGGGAAGUAUGGCGGCUGCUGCGGAGGCGACGGAUCCGGGGGGUGGUGGUGGUGGGGUUGGAGAAGACGAGGGGGACGAUGAUUUGGAGGCCAUGUUGGCGGCGGAGAUGAGUCGGGAGAGUGAUGGGGAGGGGGCGUAG